CACUGCGUCGUGAAGGCACACUGAGCUGCACUUUUCCCAUCGACCGUCUUCCGGCGGAGGUCGUGGCCGAGAUAUUUCACUGCUAUAUUUUCAUCGUAUACUCUAAAGGAGAAGACUGUGCUGUUCCUCCAAGUCCGUACUGCUGGCUCACCAUCAGGCAUAUCUGCCGUGCCUGGCGGCAGGUCGCGCUGACCUAUCCAAGGCUCUCGGGCUACAUCUGUCUCACUCGACCAGAGUGUGUCCAGGACCUCCUCGACCGGUCUGGAAGCACACCUCUCCACGUAUAUGAAAGACGCAGUUUCGUCAUGAUGCGCGCGGAGCACGCUCGUCAUCUGGCAUUGACACAUUUGGACCGUAUUGUCUUGGCACAGUUCAGUCUUCUCCAGCUCGUCCCCGAGACUAUCCUUCCCGCCGUGCUAUCAAAUCCCUCCGACCAACGCAAAAUUUCGCCGUUGCGCCAUCUCGACCUUUAUAAUUACCUCUCAGCUGACUCCAGCUCGGUCCCCCUAUUCACGUAGUACGAGCUUCCUCAUCUGGAAGAGCUCACGUUGGGGUCGUUUGGGUCGUUGGGUCUUAAUGCCACCCGACACAUCUUGGUGCCCAGUCUUCGAUAUCUCUGCAUAUCAUGCAGGCUCUAUCCAUCUGAAAUUGAUCAAUUUGUGGCCAUUCUUUGCCGUCUCAGUGGGCUGGAGGUGCUAAAGCUCUGUCGCUUGUUCACGGAAAACGACUCCCUUGCUGCCACCGGUCACCAAGCGAUGGCGCAUGACCAUUCCCAGCAGUCCGCAUCUCUUCCGCGUCUUCGCGUGCUGCGCGUUGACGACGUUGACGGCUAUAUCAUAACCAACGUGCUCUCACGCAUUAUAUAUCCUGCUUCCACUGCAGUAUCGCUCGGCUUUGCGAAGCUUACCAGUCUCGCGCUGUCCGACUACGUCUUGGCCCGUUUUCACACUCGCGCGGAUACCUUCAAAUCUUUCUCUCUCGUGCAAUCGGCGAUACAAGUGGGGGCGCCGACGAUACGCCUGGCGAUCCGAUGCUGGACGACACCUCUUACCCUAGACGAGCUGUCUCGCAACUCGUCGAUGCCGCCGUCGGCGUGGGCACAGCAGGGUAUCGACGAGUCACACUCUGUCUCUUUCGCGUUUGACUGUCCGGAGGCGACCAACGGGUUCGUGGCUGCACUUCUGGCACGCCUGCCCCUGGCCGACGUCGAGACUGCCCUGCUGGCAGAACCCGUCACCUCGGGCGGCGUAAAGUGGCAGAGUGCCUUCGAUUCCCUGCCGUCCGUGAAGGUCCUGGGUCUCGAGUAUGAGACGUCGGACCCUGUCAACGCGCGACUGCCCUAUACUGCUUAUUUCGACUACAGUAGUUUCAACGGCCUCUUCCCGAAUCUGUCGAGCGUCCGGCAGUGGGAGCGAUAUCACGAGCGCCCGCGGUGCUUCAACAAUUACGUGCCCUGUGAUUUACACCUACUUGCGAUUCAUCUCGUCUCUCGCCGGCGGGAUCCAGAGUUGCACAUCGAGCACCAUCACCUCAGCUUCCAUCGCUUCCCAGGCAAGAUCUGCUCAUGUGGGAGCUAUCCAAGAAGACGAAUUCGCCCAGCGAUUGGACAAGUAGCAGAGGUUACGCGCUCUGCAGGUGUCAAGGAGUGGCUCUCUGCUCGUAUGGCACGCUUUCGCAUCUUGUUCGGGCACAGAACAUGAUUUGCGGCGGGAGCUCGUAAGUC